AUGGGAAGCUUAGGAGAAGAAGAGUUAGAGAAGCUUGUGAUCGAUUAUAUUGAAUCUCCGGUCACCUUCUCCGAUCAAAUGGAGAAAUCUUCGAGAGCUCUUAUCACUCUUAAGGAGAUUCUUGGGACAACAAGAGAAGAAGAAAUGGAGAUUGAAGAAAAGAUAAAUGCAUUUAUGAAGAGAAGAAGAUUAUCAUACGAAGGAGACGAUGAGAAGAAAGAAGUGAUGAAGAAGAUUGUCUCCAAACUUAGAUCUGAUGGCUACAAUGCUUCUAUCUCUAAAACCUCAUGGGACUCUUCUUAUGAUCACCUUGAAGGGUGUAGAGUGUUUAGGUGCACGAGGAAGUACGAGUAUAUUGACGUCAUGGUGACGAGUCAUCGCGACGGUGAUGACGUAAGAAAGCUGAAUCGUGUUAUUAUUGAUCUUGAUUUCAAAUCUCAGUUUGAGUUAGCGAAACAGACAAAAGAUUACAAAGAGAUAACUGGGAUGCUUCCUAAAGUGUUCGUUGCGAGUGAAGAGAGACUCAAAAGAGUUGUUUCUUUGGUUUGUGGUGAGAUGAAAAAAUCAAUGAAGGAAGAAGGAAUGUGUAGACCACCAUGGAGAACUUCGAGGUACAUGCAAGCUAAGUGGUUGCCUGAGAAUCGUAGAAGAAGAGUCUCUUGUUCUAAGAGAGAAUCUUGGUCUGUGUUUGAUGAUGAUGGUGAAGCAGAUACAAUGAGUGGUGGUGGUACUCGUUCGAAAACUACGUGUUGUCUUCCUAUUUUCUGA